UGCGUCGUUGCGUCGCCGAUGAAGGAGGCGUUGGCGCACCGCACUGCUGCCGCUGGAGCUGCUGCUGCCGACACACAAACCGGCUGUCCUGCACUGAAAGGGGACUCACAACAGACACCGUUCAUCAUCUUAACUGGAGGAAGUCUUUCUGCAGCUACAGUUGCACUUCAAGUGAUUACCCACCAGAUUGAAAAAUGAUCAAGAACGGACAUCACCACCACCAAGUGAACACAGCAGCCGGGAAAGACGCAGGGACGACCCCAGGCACUGCAGCUUGCAGUCCCGAGAAGAGGAGGCGAAGAAUCCGGGUGUGGUGCGAUGGCUGCUAUGACAUGGUCCAUUAUGGCCACUCCAACCAGCUGCGACAGGCCAAGGCCAUGGGAGAUUACCUCAUCGUUGGAGUACACACAGAUAGUGAGAUUGCAAAGCACAAGGGUCCGCCAGUCUUCACUCAGGCAGAAAGAUAUAAGAUGGUGCGGGCCAUAAAAUGGGUGGAUGAAGUUGUGGAAGGAGCGCCUUAUGUCACCACUCUCCAGACCCUCGACAAGUACAACUGUGACUUUUGUGUGCACGGAGAUGAUAUAACACUAACAGUGGAUGGGAAAGACACAUAUGAGGAGGUGAAGAAGUCGGGGCGGUACAGGGAGUGUAAGAGAACCCAGGGAGUUUCAACUACAGAUCUGGUUGGCAGAAUGCUACUGAUGACCAAAGCACAUCACAGCAACAUUGAUAGUUCAGACUAUCAGCAGCACACAGACAACUUUGGAAAGGGCUCACAUGGUCAGAAGGGCCACAGUCCCUGGACGGGGGUGUCCCAGUUCCUGCAGACUUCACAGAAGAUCAUCCAGUUUGCUUCAGGCCAGGAGCCUCAACCCGGAGACACAAUCAUCUAUGUGGCAGGAGCAUUUGACCUUUUUCACAUUGGCCAUGUGGACUUCCUGGAAGCAGUGCAUAAGCUUGCAGAAAAGCCCUACAUUAUAGUGGGGUUGCACUUUGAUCAGGAGGUGAACCGCUACAAAGGGAAAAACUACCCCAUUAUGAAUGUCCACGAGAGAACGCUCAGCGUCCUGGCUUGUCGAUAUGUGUCAGAAGUAGUUAUUGGUGCACCCUUUGCAGUCACAAAAGAUUUACUGGACCAUUUCAAGGUGGAUCUUGUAUGCCACGGAAAGACAGAAAUAUAUCCUGACAAGGAUGGAUCCGACCCUUAUGCUGAGCCGAGGAGGGAAGGAAUCCUACGUACCGUUGACAGUGUCAACAGCCUCACUACAGAUGCCAUUGUGCAGAGGAUAAUCAAAAACAGGUUGCUAUUUGAAGCAAGGAACCAGAAGAAAGAGGCCAAUGAGAUUGCUGUGAUCCAGGCCAUGAAGCGACAAGAGGAAGAAAAGACUAAAGAAAGAGCCCAGGCUGUGCUGUAGGAAGGCCCUAAACAAGCACCAUCGAUUUUGUGUCAACAUAACACUGACAAGCUCCAUUAUUCUAAACUCAUGUACAGUAAAAUCAACCCUUUUGUAUGUGUUAUGUCACCUUCCACAGACAAUCCUGGCUAAUAACAGCAGUGCUUAGAGCAGCCCAUUUAAAGCCAGGGCAGUACAGUCUGCUGUGGGAUCAUCAGGUAUACAAUGUGUGUGUGCGUGCGUGCGUGCGUGCGUGCGUGCGUGCAUGUGUGUGUCUGCAUUAUUCAGCAUUAUGCAAAUAUUCACUCAACAAUCAUACAUACAGACAAAGGAGAUAUUAGUAUGUCUUCAAAUGUCUAUUUUCUGUCUUUGGAUAUUUUUAAUUCCUGAAGUAUUUAUUUUUGUUGCCUUCAAAAAUAUAGAUUUUUUAACUAUUAUCUUAGCAAGUGUGGGGACCUAAGAUGCCGGUCAGGCAUUAAACUGUAACAAGGAAAUGAUUUGAUUAGUCAUUUCCAUGGGGUUGUUGCCGCUUUCAUCCAAGCAAGAGAUGUCGCCCCACAACUAAUCUAUCCAUGUAUAUACUGUAUGUAAUGUAUUAUAAAGUGAUUACAGGCUCUCUGGAGGAUGCUGACACCAAUAAAGAAGUAGGAAAUCCCCCUGCUUCUCAGCAUCAAACUUGAAGUGUUCGUUAGUGUAAAGGUGUUGAAACUCUUUCAGGACCUCAUGGACAUAUCAGGCCUUACUCCAAGCUGCACUAACUUCUAAAAAAGAACUGUUUUGUUUAAGGGUUUCAACUCAAAAAUGCACACUGUCAAAACCUGCAUGCCUGGCCUUUUGAGUGCAGUUGUAUUUUUUCUUAAACCAACACUCCUUUAAGGUUUAUCCUAAUAUAGAUAACACUACAAAGCUUUAACAGACUGCUUUUAAGAUUAAAACAAUGACAGAUGCUCAGUGUUGUUGACUUGAUAAUGAAGACCUUUUACUGUCAUUAAACCCUAAA